GUUUGUCGCUUGACCCCUUCGAUAUCGUCGAGAGUUUUGGUUUCUUUUCCACCUUGGUCGUACAAAGAUGCCUCGAAUUACUCGCAGUGCUCAGAAACAAAUCGAAUUUCGUUGUCAGAAGACUCGAUCACAACAGAAGAAGAACGAAGGAACGAUCGCGGCAAGUCGAAGCAAACACACACGAGAAUGUUCGAUCUCACCGAGAAAACGCCGCGAUCCCGCGAAGGGUAAGCCUAGAAUGUUAUCUUUUGCUUCUUUAUUAAACUUCUUUUGUAAGCCAAUGUAAAGACCCCUGUAAGAGAUAUAAGGAUCGUCAAAUUUUCACUUCAGCGAAACUGACAACGGUGUUUAAAAUAUGAAAUCUACUUAUUUGCAAUUGCACAUUCGGCCAUUUAUUCCCGCGCGUGUGCAAGGUCGAACGUCAGAAGAAAAAAAAUCAAAUCCUUGGAAAUGUAAGCACUAUGAAGCCUUUUUAUUAUGAUUUAUAUUUUAUAUAUAAACAUUUUGUUUCAAGUUUCAUUCCUCAUGCUUUAUCUUCCGUCGAUCUUCAAUUCGGCACAAAGACUCUAAUCGGAUUUACAGUUUGCGACUCAUUUGCAUGCACUCAUUUGCAUGCACUCAUUAUAACGCUGCGCUACUGACAAAGCUAUCGGCAGCGCUAGAUAUUACAAUUUUGCAUUUUUUUUUCAUCUGUGCGCUUCUUCGAGCCUCUUUCCUCAUUAAGUGUUAAUUAAUGCCUUUCAGAAUUCGAUGGUUCUUCGUUCAACUUCAUUUUGUUAAAUAUAUAUUUCAAAACUUUAAGCUUGGUUUAAUUUCAUUGGCAAUACCCUUGGGUAACGUCUUAAUUGCUCUGUUGAUAAAAAUGAUUUGCUUGAAUUUUCUUUUAGCUUGUCAAACACCGGUUUCCGUAUCCCCGAAGAAGAGAAAGAACAAUGAUGGAAAGGCUAGAGACGUUGUUUCCAGCGAUGAAGAGAACUCUGAUCCAAAACAGAAGCUUUCGUUUGCAGGUAAGGUUUUGUAAGAAACACUGAACUAAACAUCAAAAUAUUUAUCAUGCUACCCUUUGAGAUUUUUUCUUUACGGAUGUUUGGGGGGGGGAUUUAUUUGUGUACCCCUGGUAUCUCCAAUUAUUUGCCCUUCUUAUAACAAUAGUAACUGUAACCAUAUCCAAUUUGGUCUACUGACACAUAAAACUACCAUGACACGAUGGAAAUUCUUAUUGAAUCAGUAAAGAUACAAUGGAUAUUGGAUACCUUUUUGCUCUUUUCUAUCUGAAAAAUUCUUGAGUAUUCCUUACCAUCUCUCCAAAUGGUAUCAUUCUUUAACAUGGAAGAAACCUUUCAUUUUUACAAAAAUUAAGGGCUUGAUUCACCAAAGACAACACCAAGAAACCAAGCAAGAUGCAAGAGUAAAAAUGCUGGUCUUAAAGAGGGGUCAGAACCAAGGAAAAUAAUCUCGCUUGCUCGUCAGGAUGGUAAGUAAUAAUGCUGUUAAUAUCAUAAAUGGUAUCUGUUAACCCUUAAACUCUUAUACGCAAUCAAGACAACAUUUCUCCUUACAAUAUCAUGCAGAAAAGAGUUGAUAAUAAAGAAAAGUAUUGACAAGAGAAUUGCUAGUUGAUCCAAUACCGCAUCCUCCAUACUGACAUAAGAAUUGUAUGACAGACAGUAAGGAUAAUUAUUAAUAAGAUCUUGAGAGUGAAAGGGUUAAAGUACUGGACUCUUAAUCAAAUGAUAAAGGUUUGAAACCUGACUUUUUCAAAGUCAUUGUGUUGUGUUCUUAAGCAAGAUGCUUCAAUCUCACAGUACACCCCCCCCCCCUCAGAAGUAUCAAUAGAUAGCACCAAACUGUUUAGGAAACUUGAAAAAUUGUGGAGGGGGGCUGAAUUAAGAUGAACUAGCAUCCCAUGAAAGGGGAGAAACAAUAUUCUCAUCAGAGCCUGUAGUGUGGGCCACACCAUGAUAACCAAUAUUAAUUAUUAUUGAUAACUGUUAUAACACUAUUAACAGUACUUUACCUAUGAUCAAAAGCUCACACCAUGGCUGUUUUACCAGGUCAGCAAUAUUCCAAAGUAAGAAGGGCUCUUCAUUCUUCGCAUCCUAAUAACUUGCUGUGUCGAGAGAAAGAGGUCACAGAAAUAAGAAAAUUUCUACAGAAUCAUCUGCUGAAGGGAAAACCAGGAAGUCUGUACAUAUCAGGUGCUCCUGGCACAGGAAAGACAGCUUGUUUGACAAAGAUUAUGUUUGAAAUGAAGGUAAGGUGAACUUUAAAUUUCCUGGAGCAGAACUCUCAACCCAGAAUCCAGUGAAUUAGCCAUAAGCUUGAGGCCACCUUGUCUAUUGUAUAUCUCAGUUAGACUGUAUAAGAAUUUGAAUGUAAUUUGGUUUUUAUCCCCCGAGUUGUUCAUGUAAACUAGUCACUGUAAAAGUUUCUAAAGCUGAUGCACUUGCUCUGAUGAAGGGGUAAUACCCCCCCUUACCAACACAGCACUACAGUUUCUUUGAAAAAUUUCAACAAAAUUAGCAUGACAUUACUCAAGAUGGGCCAUCCCUAAAUCUAGGGGGGGUACCAUCUACUCAAAUUUAAAAAGGCUCGUUUGUUAUGGAUAACAAACCUCUGUUUUAAAUGACUCAUGAAGAAGAUAAAGGAAACUUACUGUAAUUUGCUGAUUCUUUAGGAUGACAUCAGAAAAUGCCAAGUUAUCUUUGUGAACUGCAUGGCACUUAAACAACCUCAAGACAUUUUCAAGAAGAUAGCAGUUGAAUUAGUGGGAGAAGACCAGUGUCCAGCAAAAACUUCACAAAAAUUCCUUGAAGAGGAAUUUUCUUCAUCAGCUGCAACAAGGUAACUGAACUAUUCCCACAAAUAAACCCAAAACAAAGAAUUGAAAAUUCAUCAUUAAUUGGUAGUUUUCAUCAUCAGUUUUUUUUGGCCAAACUGUCCUGUUGAGUGAUCUGUGAUUGUUGGUUCUAGAAUCCUUAUCUUAGAUGAAAUGGAUCAACUUGAAUCAAAGCAUCAGGAAAUUCUUUACACUAUGUUCGAAUGGCCCUCUCUGCCAAAAUCAAAGCUAAUUCUAAUUGGUAAGUAAUCAUUUCAAUCAUUUUAAACUUGUUUAAUCUGUAAAAGAAGUAGAAAAGAAGUAGUGCACAUCUAUCACUACUGAUUGAUGGUGAUAACUGAUUCGGAGGUUUUUAUCUGUAGGGAUUGCAAAUGCCUUGGAUUUGACUGACAGGAUUCUUCCAAGACUACAAGCUAGACCUAAAUGUAAGUAACCCUUUUAACUUCCUAAAAUUAUUAACAUGUAGCUUCUCCCUAUAAUAUUCAUACGUUAUCCAGAAAACAGGUUAUGAGAAUACUCUAACUUAUAUAAAAGGUAGAAGUUUUUAUUCUGAUCUAUCACCAAAUUCUCAUAACUAAUUUACCAGGAGAUGUGUAAUAGCUAGAGGAGAAAAUUAACAUUCAGAUCUUGGGAGUUAAAGGGUUAAAUGUAUAACUUUGGAUUUCAAUAAAAAUAUUUCAAAUAAAAAAAUUCAUUAAUAUAUAGAUUUUGGCCGAGUACGAGAUUGUCUGAACAAUUUCUCUAUGUCAAUCUAUAAGUAAAGAAGUAAGUGCUAACCCUCUGAACCCCAAAAUUGAUUAACAUGUAACUUCUCCUUCCUGGAUUAUUACAUUAUUUAGCCAAUGGGUCAUGAAAAUGGACACAUUUAUCAGCUGUAGAGAAAAUUUUCCUAAUCUAAUACUUGCUUUUCCUAAGUGAUUUGCAAAUAAAUGUAUUGCAGAUUUCAGAGAGAAUCCCAAACCAUAUCUCUGCAGUGAAAAAAAAAUUGAAGUUUUGCCAUAUAAUGAACAAGAGAUAUUAAAAGUACUUGAUUACCUCUCAAAUUCCCAGAAAUAUUGACUGACCUCAUUGCUUUGUUUUUGUUUUAACCUCAAGGCAAACCAGAGCUUCUUCACUUUGCACCUUACACAAAAGAACAGAUUGUACAAAUUAUAAAGGACAGAUUGACAACGGUUAGUUAUUGCUGUUGCAUAGAAUUUUCCAUUCCCAAACACAAAGAUGGCUUGACUCUUACAGUGAUUGGCUACUGUUUUCAGGUGGAUGAUAGAAAUAACAUUCUUGAUGCUUCAGCUGUGCAGUUUUGCGCAAGAAAGGUGUCGGCCAUGGCAGGCGACAUGAGAAAAGCCUUAGAUAUCUGCAGGUAAUGAGGAUUACAAAUUCCCUUCAAAAGAAAUGUAACAGACCUGUAUCAAAAAUAGCCACCAGAUUGAAGCCCUAUGAGGACAGUGUGAGCCUACUCAUAUGAUGAUAGGCAGAAUUGGAAUCCACUAGCUCUUAUUUCCAUUAACCCUUUGACCCCUAAGUGUGACCAGCAUCCAGUUUCUCCUUACAUUAUCACCCCUGAAUCAAACAUUUAGGUCACAAGAAUAGAGAAAAUUAUCAUCAACUAAAGGAGCUCUUGAUUGUUUAACAAAUUCUCCUCAUCAGCACCUAAGGAUAUGUAUAGAGAACAGUAUGAAGAAUAUUUAUUCUGAUGUUAAAGCAUAAAGGGUUCAUAGUCAGACACUGUUGGCACCCUGGCUUGGGUCCACUAAAUACAAGGUAUCCACAGAUAUACCAUGUGAAUCUCAAGAUCCAAUUUGUAAUUCUUAUUACAGACUACCAUACAUUUCCUCCUAAAUCAGACAGGAGAAUUUGAUGUUAGACCAAGAUAAAACCCUAUAUUUAAUAAGCUUGUCUGGGAUAAGAAAAAAAUUAUGUUUUGUUCAAUUCUGGGAGUGAUAUGGCAGAUAAGUGGCAUAAAAUUACCUGAAGUUGAACAUGACAAUUUUAGGCAGCCCCCUUUGUUUGCUUGAACUAAAUUCAUCUAACCCUGAUAAUAAAUACAUGCAACUUCUUAUGAUCACGUCAAAAUUAAAACUCCGAACUAAUUUUUCAGGCGAGCAGUUGAAGUGGUAGAAUCUGGAGAAAGAAAGCAACAGAUUUUACAACCAGUUGGAAAAGGUACCUUUUAAUUUUAUGUUUAUCACAAGUCUUGAGUGGCUUUUGAUCCCUUUAUCUAUGUUUUAAAAAACCCUAGAUUGAGAGUGAUGCUGCUAAUCAAUCAAUAUUCUUGUUAGCAACUAUUUGAUGAGUGAUAAUUAUCAAUAAUUGUUGAUAUUUUAGUGAUAUUCCUUCCAUUGAAUUAUGAAAUCACAAAUUCUUCUUUCAUAUUGUUUCAUCAGCUGAAUCUCCCUCAAAAAAGCUUGAAACUCCACCAAAGCCAAAAAAGGUUGGAAUUUCUCAGAUUGCUAGUGUUGUAGCAGAAGUUUAUGGAUCUCGUCUGGUCUCUGGCCCUGGAAGUGAACAGCCAACAAUACCACUGCAACAGAAGCUUCUUAUCUGCACGUUUUUGUUGAUGACAAAAGAACGCAACACAAAAGAAGUUGUUUUAGGAAAGGUAAGGAAAAACCUUCAGUUUAGGUUUCAUUCUGAUUAACCCUUUAACUCCCAUGAGUGACCAAGACUGAAUUUCUCCUUACAAUAUCAAUACAAUAUCAAGCAACAAGUGAUGAGAAUUAAAGUAGAUAACAAGUAAGGGAUUAUUGGUUGAUCCAAUAGCAAAUUCCCCACACAGACACAUAAGAAUUGUUGGGCAGACAGUAAGGAGAAUUGAUAUUAAUACUAAUUCAAGUUAAAUUUCAUUCAAACCAAUCAAGAAUGUUAUGAAAGAACCCAUAUUUGAAUGGCUGUUUUAAAAAAAGAGCUGUUAUAAAAAUCUUCAUUCCUAUAUUUGCAAUAAGUGUUGAUUUCUUUAAGCACAGAAUUUGUAUUACCUUGACAUGGGAUCACAUGCAUCUUAAGAGUAAAUAGAAAUUUAAGGGAAUUUGUUCAAUUUUGUUCCUUUUAGUUUCACGACACUUACUGUAAAAUCUGUACCAAGAGAAAAGUCUCCCAUCUUGGUCAGGAGGAUUUUCUUGGGCUGUGUAAUAUCCUUGAGACCAGAGGACUUCUUGGAAUGAAAAGAGCUAAAGACACAAGGAUGAUGAAGGUGAGUUGGAAAGUUAUUGAAAAAAAAAACAUAGAAAGUUUCUUCAGAAGAAUUCCUUUAACUCAAGCAGCUAAUGAACAGAGAGCACUGAGUUAAUGUGUUCAAACCUGGCCAGGAUCAUUGUUAAAUAAUAGAUAACCUAUCAGAAGUCUAAGGGACAAAACUUUUGUGCAAUUUACUUAUUAUGUAAUAGUAAAUUAUAUUUAUUAUCAUUACUUUUAGGUGACCCUAAAAAUUGAUGAAAAAGAGGUUGACUAUGCAUUACAAGACAAAACAUUACUGUCUUCAAUUCUACAGGAAGGAAUGCCAACAUCUUCUAAGAAAUAAAUUUAAGAUGGCAAAUUUGAAUUUGAAGUUAUUUGCACUUUUUUUUAUAAAAACUUGUUAGAUAAUUUUCUCGAAAGACCAUUUUAUUUCAUUCAAAUGUUUUGCUUCAGUUUGGAUUUAUUUUAAAAUUUCCCUUAUUUAAACUGAGUCUUUGAGAGCCAGUAAAAAAUUUUUUGUAACUAUGUAAAGAAUGCAUUAAUUUUAUUUUCAAGUAAAAAAUUUCUGUGAUCUGAGGGACUGAUCAUUAUUUAUAGUC